AUGCUUGUUUUAUGAAGACCGGGGAGAAGUGCGACUCUCACUCUAAAAGUCAGUUGUACUGGUAAGUCGUGGAAUCCACGGUCACCAUAAUCUUUACAUGUUUUUGCUAAAAGGAUAUAAUCAUGAGGAGUAUACUAACUUGAUCUUGAUGAGGAUACCGUUUUCUCUUUUCUAUCUUCCUCUGGUCUUUCUUUUUUCUAGUUAGGUCCGCUCCACCACAGCUCAAAGGAUAUAUUAAUCCUGACAUUUUUAUUUUUUACUCUCAACUCUCACUAUCUAUGUAAUCACUACAUUUUUCUUCUACUCGCUCCACCUCUAACGGCUUCUUCGUUCUUCCGAACGCAUGAGUUUAUUGGUUGUUCCUUGCUACUGAUCGCCGACAGGAACGGGAAGUGCGGCGUUUCGCUUAUCGACCUAGCGAAAACGAACCUAACGGCUGCACCCCUGGACCAUAGAAGUCCAUGGGAGCUCGGCAAUCACGAAGAUGGCCUCUUACUCGGCGUUGAGAACAUGAUUCGAGCGUGGACUGCGGUGCGUCGCUUGUUGACGUUGUCGCGCAGCAAAAGCAACGCUGCGCAGUUACAGCUGCUAGUCGGAGGAGGAGUGCCUUCGUUAAGGCUUUUUACUCAUAUUAUAUAUUCAUUUUUUUCAAGAAGCGUCGUUUCUUGAAUUCUAAGGCCAAUGAGAUUUCACUUCAAAUGACUCCUCUCCCGUAGGAGUUCUUAGAAAUUUGACAUGAGAUGCUAAUCGCCUGUGCUUCAUUACAUUCAUCUGAUCCCCUGCUCCCGCCUCUUUGGUUGAUCCCUUGAUGACAGUACUAUGAUGGGAUGCGAAGGUAAUCUACCCCUAGUUAUAAAUGUUGUCUAGUUGAUGUUCGUACUUUUGCACUGUUCUCUCCGCUUCAAAGCUUAUCAUAUUUAUCUUUAGAGAUAGAGAGAGGCAUCUUUGACGUAGUUCGGAGGGAAAAAGAACCGUUAAAGAUGCGCUCCGCCUCCACUAUGAAUCAAUAUUGGUACGGUCUAACUUCAGCAGGACAUAAGGGCAGCGGUGCCAAGUCUGGAGGCGUUGUCGGUCACGCAGCAGCAUCAUCUUCGACGACAGUGUUGACAGGAACUCCAAGAAGUUCAGCAGUUGCUGAGAGCAUCAUUAAGGGUAGUAGUUUAAAGGUGCUUUUGUUACCGUUUGUAGUUAUGGCUCUCCUAAGGGGGACAUCAGCCAUAACAAGCGAGGGAUAAACGAACAGGAAGAAGCUACCUCUAACAUCAAAUCAAUACUCUUCGCGUCGAGUAGUUGUAAGACUACAGCGGAACGGAUGAGGAUGCCUAUGCCAGUAGCACCACAGAACACGACUAACGUCGAUCAUGGUGCUCCUCAUUCAUCUUAUGGCUCUGGGGAAGGAGGUGAUGAAGAUGAUGGUGAGCGAAGAGAAACAAGACCCUCCCGCAGAAGAACAUUUGCCCACUUUAGGGAACGAAUGCGGAGCACCGUAGUUAAGGCUAGUCAAUCACUAUCUGAUGUGGACGUUCUUGCUGAGCAGUGGGUUCUUCCACGUCCUUCUUUCAAAGGGAUUACUGCCGAGAAGAUCUUCUCGUUGCUAUUCGACGAUAAGAUUUUUACCUCGCCACUCACCGAGAUCUUCUCGUCGGGGUCGUGGGAGUAUGAGUAAGUACUUACUUAGAAUAAGGGCAGAAAGCAAGGGCACCUCCCACUCCACUCGUCAGUCACUCACAAGGAAGUAAGUAGAUAGUGAUCUAGACUGGCUUUAAGUUACUUUUUGGUAGAUUUUCUUUGCCGCCUGCAAUAACUUGGGCUUCCGAUGCGCUAUCCCCUUAAGGCUUGAUACUGCGAGGACUGGCAACUUAUACUGUUGAUAAUGAACAUGAAGUGAAUAAAGAUCAUGACCACGACCGUCCAAAAUGCCUUUUGUGAGCUUGAUGGGCAAGAACUACACGCGCUUCAUCUAAUAAUGUGUAUUUGUGCCAAGUGAGAAGUCAGCGAUCCAGCGAAUGUUGAGCGCGCAGACAAGACGAGUGGGGAAGAAAAGGACGCCUCCACCUCCAGUUAGGGCUUGACACUGCUUCUACUUUUUGUUUCAUCUGUUUCCAAUGCCAUGCACAUCAAUCUUAAUGAAUCAAACGCAACCGCUUCCUUCACUUCUUUUGCUUCCUACCACUUCUUGCAAUUCUGAAGUAAAAGAAACGAAGGUGCUAAGGGAAUGUAAUUUGAGCUCUAAACCGCAAUCCGAAGAGGAUGCAAAUGUAGAUAAGACCCUGGACGAGCAAGAAGCACAAGAUGCGACUUGUUGUGGAAUGUGUAGGAGAAGGUGAUGAACCUUUGCGACCGACACGGACACGGACACUGCUUAUUCUGAACAAGUAGUAGAACCACUACGUUUGAGUUUGACACAAGAAGAAGAGUGAACGCGGCCAUUUCCCCUCGCGCAACGAAUGACAAUGAUAACAAUUAAGAGCGUUUCCCUAGUACAUUGCAUCUUAAAUUGGUUUUUAUUCCAUGAUUCCCAAAUCGGACUACCACAUUGCUAUACUACACUUCGGAUUCGUAUUUUUAUACAAUAGAAUGAAAUCAGGGAUGUCGUAGGUCCAAUCCGAAUCGACUAGCAUCAUCGUCAGAAAUUAGGCCAGCCCUUGCCCUUGUUCUACAUGGCAACACUUGAAUAACAGCAUUUUUGUUCUCGUGAGCGUCAGCAUAGGCGUAGCUCCAUCAGCGCCGCUCGGGCGCCGCAGUCUUAACCUCAAAUAGCUCCUCCACAAGACACAAUCCAACGUGUACACCCACUUCAAGCACAGGGUUAAUAGUGACGCUAGCAUUUAAUAUUGAUUACUAGAAAGAUUACCGACGUGAUCACAUUCACGAUAAUGAACAAAUUUCGUCUGCAGUGGUCCAGCAUACUACAAGAAAUAGUACCCAAGAGAUGAUGAUAAACCAUAUUCAUAUCCUGAUUUCGCACACAUGUACCAGGGAGGGAGGCCCCUGUAUAUACAACAUAUAAUCAUAGUUGGAAGCCGACUUCUGAGCUAAGUUGUGUCAUGUACCGCUGUAGGUGUAGUGUGUAUCCCACAUCCUGACCAUAGAAGACCCCAUUUAGAUUUACUACAUCAACAAGUUAACAUGUGCAAAUCGGCCUAACCGCUUAUCUUCUAAGAGCUGCUUGUCCACGACCUCUCUCCAGAUACAGUGUUUUUUUGUACCUGAAGAUCGAGCUGAAGUGAAUUUUCGCGUAGCUGAAUCAACUUUUUUUAUCAGUCGUUGACGACUUUCAGAUUUUUGUGCUAAUCCGCUUGAGAAGGCAGGUAAAACUGCGGACACCCUCCGAAUCCUAAUCCUAAUAGACAUAUUUUUAUUUAUUAGAACUCUUUGAGCAGGUGUUAACUCUUGCCAAUGACAUCAUCGUUGUAUGUAUAGAUAUGCAGCUAAAACUGUGGACGCUCGAGUAUGCAGGUAAAACUGUGGACGGCGGAUCAAUUCCUAUCCUAUCCUAUGCAAGACGAAUUAGAUGAAUAGAGUCCCAGUAAUUUCGAUUUACUUUCAUGGUUUGAACAUGAAGUCUUAGCCUUCACCUUCUCUCUAACUCUACGAAGAAAGGUUUCAUGCAGGUUUUAUUUUCGAGUUUUGUAUGUUCAAUUGAGAGGAAAAGGUUGUUGGUCGUGAUCGAGGCCGUGAAGGCAAAUUAGCAGAUUAGAUUCCAUUUGAAUGAUGAUAACGAUAAACCUAAGGUCAAGGAGGUCUAGGUCAAGGUCAAGGGCGAGGCAUUUAGUACCAGUUACACAGUGAUGAACAAAUUGCAUCAGUGAUCAGUUGCUAUGUUGCAAGUAUUUUUGAUGUCAAGAUCGAACAGAUGAGAGGAGUCUUGGUCUUCAGUAACUAAAAACAGGUCUGAGUCUGUUUUUAUGCAGCAAUCACAUCACAGUGUAAAAUUGUAAAAUUGAGUAACUCAAUGGGAAAAAUUCCAUAUGGUAGAUAGUAACCUUAAAUCAACUUAUUAUAGUGCAAGGGCAUCAACGUUGAAGUGGAAAUGCUCCACGACUGCUUCCAAGUUUAAAUGACUUAUAUGGGAAAUAAGAAAAGACUGUGGUUCCUCGGGUUGUCCCUGACGAGGUCUUGGUAAGACACAAAGCCCACUCAGCAACGCAUUCAUUGCCUCCCAAGACCAGACUUUCUGGAGCCAUGGCCCCUGCACGUCGCAAGCC